AUGUCCAAGACGACACGAUAUCGAGAUCCGAACCAAUGGUCUCGCCCGCGCGAUCAUCUUGACACCGAAAAGGCUUCGUCACCCAUAGCCUACGAUUCCUCCCUCAGCGACGACGAACCCGUAUACUCCGACACUUCUCGAGUAACCUCAAGCUCCCUGAGCUCUCGCAUUCCUAUGCUAGGCGGCCCGUCUCGGCGGCGGGGACCGCCGAGAAAUGGGAUUAUGCCGCACCGAUUGAUGAGAUGUGUCUGUCUGGCCGUCUUUGUCGCCCUACUCCUCUUCGUCCUCAACCUCUUCCGAUUCACACUCCUUGGCAGUGCUGAGCAGGUGCCAAUUGAUGUGGGCAAAUCAGCGCCGAAACCACACGCCUGGGAAAGUUUCCCCUUUCUGAAACGCUACCAUGGAGGUAUUAGGACGUUAGUGCCACGAAAUGAAAGCGUACCGGAAUACCCAGGUGAGGGUACAUUAGGUGAAUUGACGCUAGCCAUGGAAAAUGCUUUGCAAAGCGAUAAAUCUCCAGGGGAAGAAGAGCAGGCAAGGAAGACUGUUCAAAAACGCUCCGAUGGCUUACCUAUGGCCAGUUCCGCUUACAAUCCGUACCCGAACUACAAGUCACAGGAAUACAUCCAGAAGUAUGGAGAGAAGGUCGAAUGUUUCCUUGAUGAAGACAAUCAAGUGAGAAUGCCGUAUUUGCAAUACUACCCUGGCGUGCCUCAAGGCUUCCCUGACGCAAUCAUGGGCUCGAAUGAGAUGCUAGGUAUGCGCGACGAUGUUUGUUUUGACCGCUUCGGACGUCUUGGUCCUUAUGGUCUGGGAUACGGCGCUAGAAAAGGCGGUAGUGGAGCUGGCAUGGAAGGCGAUCGCGAGGGCUCGGAUCGCGUUUGGGAUGACGUCCCACCUGUCGACUUUCGUGAAAUCAACUGGGCUGCAGCACAGAAUCGUUGUGUGAUCGCUAACAGCCACCGUUUCGCCAAACUCGGAGAUCAUCAUCUGGAUCGUGCCUUUGCUAUGCCGGUUGGUGCUUCUCCCAAGGCCCAUUUGGAAAGUCCUCCAGCUCCCGAGAAGGAACGCGUCAAAGGUACAGACCAUUUACCGCGAACUGCAGUUUUAGUCCGAACUUGGCACGACUUUCAUUACACGGAAGAGGAUAUUAUGUACCUACGAGCUCUCAUUACGGAGCUGUCUUUGAUGACCGGUGGAGAAUUCACAGUACUAUUCCUGAUCCACGUCAAGGAUGACAAUUUGCAAAUCUGGUCUGAUGAAGAGACGUAUGAUCGCGUGCUCCAAGAUGCCCUCCCCAAAGAGUUCCGGGGUAUGGGUAUUCUAUGGUCAGAGAGGCAGAUGAACCUCAUAUACGGUGGCUUGGAAGAGAGUUUUGAGCGUGGAUUGCCAGUUCACGGAGUUUAUCGCAGCACUUUCAUGCCAGUCCAAUACUUUUCGCAUCUUCAUCCCGAAUACGACUAUGUAUGGAAUUGGGAGAUGGAUGUUCGUCACACUGGUCAUUGGUAUCACUUCUUUGACAAGGCUGCUAGCUGGGCUCGUCAACAACCACGUAAGGGGUUGUGGGAGCGAAAUUCUCGCUUCUACGUUCCCAGCGUACAUGGUCCAUGGGACGAUUUUAUGCACACAGUUCGCGUGCAAACAGAACUGGGCACAAAUAGCCCUAACAACCUUUGGAGCGCUGUCAAGGACAGCGAAGAUAAAUCUGAUCCCAAUCACAAAGAUCAUGGUCGACAUGGUGAGGAUUUCAUCUGGGGCCCAGUUCGCCCACAUGAGAGCGAUGUUAUGGAGCUCGAAUUGGAUGUCACCCCCCCUACAAGCAUGGAAAAGGACAAGUAUGAAUGGGGCGUUGGUGAAGAGGCUGAUCUCCUUGUUUUCAAUCCACUAUUCGACCCCGAGGGAACAACGUGGCUCCUCAGAAACGACGUUACUGGAUAUAACCGUGAAGAUGGAAUGCCAGAACGUCGUGCUGCUAUUAUUACCGCGUCUCGACUUUCUCGCAGACUGUUGACGACCAUGCAUCGCGAGACCAGCAUGAAGCGACAUUCUAUGUUCUCAGAGAUGUGGCCAGCAACAACAGCACUGCAUCAUGGCUUGAAAGCUGUAUACGUGCCUCACUCGGUGUACAUUGAUCGCAAAUGGCCAACACGCUAUGUGGAGGCUGUCUUCAACGCAGGCCGCAACGGUGCUUCUGGAGGAGCCCGAACAUCAGUUUUUGGAGAUCGCGAACAUAACUUCCGCGGAACUACAUGGUUCUACUCUGCAGGUUUCCCAUCGAACUUGUACCGCCGCUGGUUGGGAUACAAAGUCGAUAAUGACGGUGGUGAAAAAGAAGAGCUUGCCGGCGAGGGUCGACUAUGCCUACCUCCUAUGAUGUUGCAUCCUGUGAAGGAUGUGCAAUUGGUGAUUGACAAUGGAGACGUUCGCGACGAAGGGGAAGUGGCUUUACCAGUCGCUGAAGAAGAGUCAUAA